AUGCUCGACCUUAUCCUAUCCAAUUAUUAUAACUUCUCGUCCUUCCUGGCACCGAAUCCUUUGCUACCGUGCCAUCCCUAUCAUCCACCGAUAAUUUUUGAUGUAUCUACUCCUAGUGCAUCCAGUGAAUUGGAAAAUAACAUUGUAUCUUAUAAUUUCAAGAAAGCCAACUUUGCACUUAUAAACUCUUAUUUAGAAAAGGUUGACUGGAAAAAUAGUCUUUUAAAUGCGAUGACCCUCUCUAAUAAUAAUUGUCUCAACUUUAACCAGAAGGAAAUUAUUGAUGAUAUGAUUGACUUUUUAUACAUGCACUUGUACACUGCGAUCGACGAGUAUGUCCCUAAAUAUUAUCAUCAUACCUCAACCUACCCCCCAAGGUUUUCAUAUGAGCUUAAAGAUCUCGUGAUUGCGAAGAAGAUUGCGCACUCUGUAUACAAGAGAACGAGAGAUCGGACUGACUAUGAGAAUUUUUCAGUUUGGAGGGCGAGGUAUAAUCUUUUAUCGGAGCGUUGCUAUAACGAGUACUUACUCAGGACUGAGAGAAAUAUCAUAGCCAACCCAAAAUCUUUUUCGAAUUAUGCUAACGAAACUAGAAAUAACUCGUCGAUGCCAGCAGAAAUGUUUCUCGAUUAUUUAAGAGCAGACUCUUAUGCGCAGAUCGCCGAACUAUUUGCUACACAUUUUAGAUCAGUUUACAAUCCUAAUAACAAUUGUGCCUACAUUCAUUCUUAUGACGUCGAAGUUGAUCUACAUAUUAUUUAUAUUUCUAGAGACGAAAUCAGGGGUAAACUACGUAAUCUCAAACAGAAUAAGGGAGCGGGUAUUGAUGGCAUUCCUCCUUCUCUUCUAAAGUCUUGCUGUUCGUCACUCACAGAACCUGUUUUCUUAAUUUUCAACUCCUCCCUGGAACUCGGUUACUUUCCGUAUGCCUGGAAAAAGGGAAUAAUUGUUCUUAUCCAAAAAGGGGGUGAUAAAUCUGACGUCACGAACUACAGGCCGAUAACAAUCCUUAAUUCCAUACCUAAAUUGUUUGAAAGUUUAAUUUAUGAUAAAGUCUACUUUGCAUUUUCUAAUUUGUUCUUUGACGAGCAGCAUGGAUUUAGAAAGGGCCGUUCGAUCAGUACAAAUUUAUGCAUCUACACACAAUACUUACUGAGUGUACUGGAGAGUGGCGGGCAAGUGGAUUCCGUCUACACAGAUUUCUCUAAGGCUUUUGACAAAGUGGAUCACUGUAUCCUAAUUUCCAAAUUAAGAGCCUAG